UGUUUGAUGCAUGACUGGUGACAUGUCGCCUGUUGUCACUUCAUAGUUAACGAUGGAUAUUGAAACAUAUCGUCAAACCGGAUACAUUACAAAACAGGUCAAGCAAAGCUUGUCAUGGAUACCCCGCGACCAUGUUCAAAAGAAGAAUUCAGAGUGAAAAACUUUCUUCUGGAUUAUGAUCAUCCGCGUGAUUUUGUCAAGUUUCAGCACUGUGAGACAAUACUACCUUAUCUUCUGUGGCGACUGUUCUGGGCUGUAUACCACUUUGUCUGUAUCAUACUGACCGGGGUCUAUAGCUGGCAGUGGGCAGGCGAUGACCCUCAACAACAGGUCAAAUGGUUCAUCUACCUUACAGACUGGUGCUAUUUUGUCCUCACCGUCUCGACGCUUGUGGAUGCAGCCUGCGUCAUUUACGUUUACUUUUGCCGAGUGGACAUUAAAAAUGGUAUUUCAAAUGGCAUGACAUGGUACUUAAAGACGAACUGGGUUAUCUUCAACUUCGCAAACUCUGCUGCUAUUGUUGUGACAUUAAUGUACUGGGGACUUGUCUACAGUGGAGGAUCGGUGACUGUCAUAGACACAUUAACACACGGAGUGAACGCGGUCUACGUUCUUGUCAACGUCAGCGUCUCGGCCAUUCCGAUCCGAAUCUAUCAUUUCUUCCACGGUGUGGUAUUCGGAGUAACGUAUGUCAUUUUCACUGUGAUAUACUAUGCAGCUGGAGGGACUAAUCACCAGAAUAAAUCUUACAUUUACUCUGUGUUGGAUUGGGAUGAUCCGGGCAUUACUCUAGCGUACUGUGCAGCAGUUGGACUUGUUGCCAUGCCCCUUUGCCAUCUUAUGAUUUACGGCAUUUACGCUUUAAGGCGAUGUCCAUGUAGAAAAAACAAAGAGACUUCACAACCAGUCUAAACAUUUUUAACAAAUUAGAAAAAAUUCUAGUUAAGGAAGCUCUAAACACUGCACACUAAAAAGUUCUAUUUGUAGGGUAGUUUUAUUGAGUUAGAGUGAUCUGCCCUUAAAAGAAAAUUAGAAUAAAUGGGAAACUACAGUUAAUGACACAAUUUCUUAUGAAUUAAAGUAUUCUUAAUGUUAUGUUAGACCAAGAUUAAGUAAUUGAAUACAUUAUUUCCAUUAAUUUUCCCGAUGCAAGUAAACAGCAGUGAUUUCUGUUCAAAAAUAGUUCAUUGUCUUUGAACAUUUUUUCUGCAGAAAUAAGGCAGGCACCCUAUGUUGAAAAUGAACUAGAUAUACUGAAUAUAUGAGCACCUUUAUAUGAUAUAUUUUUCUCGAAGUCCAAAAAGCAUUUUUCAUUAGUGUUUAGAGUUUCCUUAAGGAGAAUCAGGUUCUUGAUAUACUAGUAUUCAAUUAGAUAGAUUUCCUUCGUAACACUGCUUUGCCUCAAAAUGAAUUUUAUUGACAAGCCAACAAUCAAAUCAUCAGACGAUAUUUUUGAUCAGACACAACCGUAAAUAAGCAUGUUUUCUGUCUUAUAUAUGGUAAAUGUUGACAAAAUACAUUGUAAUUGGGGGUAGGGGUACGAACCCCUGUGCUCCCUUCCAGUUACUCAGGGCUUAUGGUAUGCAUUGGCUUUUAUUUCAAGUGGAUCACCAUUUUCUGUCAGAAAUAUACAGUGUAUUAUACUGGGUAUUGGUAUCCCCUCUUUUAAAUGAAAUCGCAACCCAGGAAUCAAGUACUAUAUUAAUUGCAACCAGACUGAAUUAAUUUUAUUAACCUUUUAAGGGUAUCGUUCUAAAAAUAUAUGAAUACAAUGACAGUUAAUGCAAUGAAAGACAAUUCAAAAUAAAGUUUACUUUUGUAUUAUUCAUGUCUUAUUUCUUAAA